AUGUCCGCGGAACCUGACAACAGAAAUGCAACGGGCAGGAACAACAAUCGUCUCCCGAGACGGUCAUUUCGAGUAACCCCUCUAGAUGUUGGGAACUCGACCAGCGAUUCAACAGAGACCCCGUAUAAGACUCUGCGCCGACUUGCGAAUAUGCCGAAACCAACUACGCCCGUACAUCGUGCUUCGAGUGCCGGUCCGCCUUCGACACAUAACUCCUUACGCCGAACCCCUGGAGCUCAACCAAGGACGCCAGGUAUCCCCCAGAGGAUAGGCGGCUCCGGAAGGAAAACAUAUGCGGUCACUCCGCAUGGGAGAGCAGCACGGCGAGAGUUGGAAGCUCGACGAGCUGGUCUAACUCCGGGAAAGGACAGGAGAAAAAGUGGUCUACAACAGAGGGAGACUCCCAGGGAUGCCCUCAGAGCACUCAGCCGACUUUUAGCUCCGACGUCAUUACCCAUUAUUCCAACCCCCACGGAUCCCGAACCGUCAACUGAAAGAUUUAAGUUGCCGGAACAAGAUGAUUUUGACGAUGGUCUGGAGCUCGAACGCCCACGGUUGUCGUUACCGCUAGGCGAUGAGGAUGACGAUGACGACGACGACGAUAGCCUGUUUCUUCCACCUCGCUCGGCCGGGCUAGAGGAUGAAAACUUCACGGUCCAAUCGGUUGAGUUCGCCCGGAGGGCUAUUAGUGAGCGACCACCCGGUCGACUCUCCAGAGGAAGCUUUGGCAGUAUCCGACUGAGCGACCGAUUCGCGGAUUUAAGUGAAUUGGGAUUGGAGGGAUCUCCAGGAGAUGCCAAUGCUUCUACUUUUGUCGGUGGCGACUUCGAGGGCGACAAUGAGGAGGUGGGCGAUAUGACUGGGCUUCCAGGUGAUAACUCCGUAACUUUGGGAGAUCUAGGCUUCGACCGCGGAAUGGCAUCUUUAACACCAGGUCGUAAUAGUGAUAUUCGACCAGCAACACUGCCAGGAGAUGAAAACGAAGCUACCUUCGUAUUUACUGUGCCGCCAAGAGAUGUAUCAGAGCAGCCAUCUCCUGGCGUCGCUGACCUACCUGACUCCGACAUAAUAGAUGGUGAUGAGCCUACAUAUGAGAUGGAUGGGAGUGGCGAAGAGGGGCCUAGAUCACCGAGCAGUGCACCAGGUAUUGAUCUCGACGCAAGCCUACAAGAUCCCACCAUGGAAGAAGAUCUCAAUAUUGCAAGCGCGGAACACCGAGGUUCCGUGAGGAGAAAGCAGUUCAAAGUCUCCAAACACGGAAUAAAAUACCCUUCCCUUCCAGCUGGUGUUGUAAAGAAGCUGGCAACAAGCUUUGCGAGGACGGGGGGCAACAGCAAGGCCAAAAUUAGUAAAGAAACCCUGGAAUUUAUUAUGCAAGCUUCAGAUUGGUUCUUUGAACAAGUUAGCGAUGACUUGGGAGCUUAUGCUAAGCACGCGGGACGGAAGACGAUUGAUGAGAGCGAUGUUAUUACGCUCAUGGGGAGGCAGCGACAAACCCACGCCGGAACCACGCCGUUUUCCCUUGCUCAGAAGCAUUUGCCUCGAGAGCUUCUUCAAGACUUACGGAUGGUUCCUCCGUCGAAGCUAAAGAAAGGGCGCCAAUUACAAACGGUCGAAGAAGAGGAUUGA